GUGAGAAGAGAACCGAGGGAGCAGUCGGGCGGCGGCAAACACAACAGGUGCUGAGAGUGACGACAACAUAACAGCUGAUCAACACCACGUGUGCAUUCUAACUACCCUCUGCCAUCAUGUUUUGGGGUUUGACACUUGAGCCAUUUAAACGAUACACUAAAACAGUGGAUAAUCCUUUCCACAUAUCAGCUGCUGUCCUAGAUACAUCAACCUGUGAUGAUGAGAUUGUUAGGGUUAUAGUGGAGGUCGAUGACAAUGAAACUGAAACUAUCAUUGCUAACCUAAGCCGCAAGCAUGGCGUCCUCCAGUCCCAGCUUGAUCUUCAGUUUGAGUCUGGAAGUCAUGUUGCAUUUUAUACACAAGGGGGAAAUUCAUCUGUCCAUUUGUCAGGAUAUAUUGUAUUUGAUAUAGAUGAAGAUAUGGAAGAGGAUGAUGAAGAGGAAAAUGAAAGCUCUGAUGAAGAAACUCCAGCACUUACUGUUGCAGGAUCUGCUAAAAGAAAGAUAGAUGAUGCGGGUGCAUCAACAUCAAAAAAGGCGAAGGUUAUUGCAGGAGCGUCUCCAAAAAAUUCCAUGCGUAAACUGUCUCAAAAAAUUGGAGAUAAACUAGCUAGAAUAGAAGACAAGAUGCAAGUAAAUGAUGACGACGACGAUGAUGAUGAUGAUGAUGAUGAGGAGGAGGAUGAAGAUGAGGAUGACGAGGAUGAGGACGAGGACGAAGAGGAGGUUGAGGAUGAAGAAGAUGAGGACGAGGAUGAGGACAAUGAUAAAGACAACGAAGAUGAGGAUGUAGAGGAGGAGGAGGAGGAAGAGGAGGUUAUCAAAAAUGUGAGCACUCCAAAAAUGACUGAAAAUCUCUCAAAGCAAAAAAUCCUUUCAAAGGAUUCUAAUGUUGGAGAACCUAACUCUGUAGAAGUCAAAACACCCAAAGCAGAGGGAAAGAAAAUUAAAAAGGCUAAAACUCCAAAGCAGGAAGUAAAAAUGCCGGAUAAACAGAAAGGUAAACUUGGUAUUCUUGAGAAGACUCCAGUGAAGCAAGAAACAGAAGCACAAAAGAACAAAACUGCUAAAGAUGUGAAUGCUAUGAAUGGGAAAUCUCCAAAACAGGAAAAGAAAUCAGUCACAAAUGCAGAUAAAUUAAAAAAUUCUCCAGUGACUCCACUUGUUGGCAAAAAAUCUCCGAAGGUAGUAAAGCCAGGAGGAGUGACGUGCGAAGACCUUGUUGUUGGUACCGGACCUGAAGCCAAGCGUGGAAACAUGAUAUCGGUAUACUAUGAAGGGCGACUGAUGAGCAACAAGAAGAUAUUUGACAAAAAUGACAGUGGCAAAGGAUUCAAGUUCCGGUUGGGCAUGGGAGAAGUGAUCAAUGGCUGGGAUGUUGGUGUUAUUGGAAUGAAGGUUGGAGGCAAGAGAAGAAUUAUCUGCCCUCCACACAUGGCGUAUGGCAAGAAAGGAUCUCCUCCAGAUAUUCCACCUCAAUCUACAUUAUUGUUUGUCAUAGAAUUAAAGAGUAUUAACUAGCUUUGUAUACAUUGUGAAUGGCAAUUCCCUUGUAUUGCUAUUUAAAAUGGGACAGAUUAAUUAUCAAUACGGUCCAAUGCCUUAGUUUUGACUGCAGUUAGUGCACAUUUGAGUU